AUGAAAUUGCGGAUUAUUGGUACCCCAAAUGGAAAUUUUCCACACGCGAGGAUCUGCUGUGUGAAAUAUCAUUCAUCAUCUGAUGCCAUCAAGGCGCAUGUUCGCACCACCCACACCUACGCGGCCCAGUGGAGGGGAAUUCUAUGCACUGAUAUUAGAAAGAUCGGAGUCCUCCGCACGAUUCGGCCUCGUUCAAUAUUUAUUUCUUCACCACGGUCCACAAAUACCUGCAACGCACAGGAUUUAUCGACGGCUUUCGCGAGCCAGCCGACAUCAAAAUUCAAAUCAAAGCCAUCAAUACCAGCUGAUGCCACAACGGUGAAGUGA